UCCAGCUGUAUUCCUGCGGAGCCCCCAGUCAGCUCUGCCAUUAGGAACGCGUAUUGUUCUUUUUACCCUAAAAUAGCUGGAGCCUGUGAAGACAUCAUAAGUGGUAGAUAUGUUUAUGGGGAUUCUGGUUCCUUGAGAAGAAGCGAGAGUCUCAAUGCAAGGUUCAAUGCUUACUUAAAAGCGGGAUUUAUAUCUGAAGGAUGCCAAUUUUCCAUCAAGGGAUUGGCCUGUCGCUAUUUGUUUCCAUUGUGUGAUACCUCUCUAAACAAGCCUCGUGCUCAGGGGAUUUGUCGUAAGACUUGUCGGUUUGUGAUCCAUGGAAAGUACUGCGCAAAAGAGUUAGAUGUCCUGAGAACAAUUGCGAAAAAAGAUCCUGUUUUUAUCGAAAAUCUAAUCAACUGCACUAUAUACCCCGCUGCCAAUGGAGGAGAGGCAUCAGAAUGCUACCAACACCCUGCAUUACCAGGUGAUUACUUGUAAUAUUUCCUGUGGCUUCAGCCCCCAGUUGUUCAAAAAGUUGAUAACGCUAUCGUACAAUUGUUUUCUUUAAUACUUAUGGGUCAUUAUACGUUUCUGGGAAACUGCCCACCUACCCCUCCUCUAAGCUAACAUUAACACUUACUUCUCACUUAGGGCAAAAUGUUGGCUUAGGGGAGGAGUAGGUGGGCAGUUUUCCAGAAACUUCAACUGGACAGGGAUUUAUCAGGUGGAUAGCGCCAUCAAGCUUUUGAACAACUGGGGCCUGGUUUAUAUUUUUUUUAGAAAAAGAAAGAGUCUUAACGUAAAGUUCUUCUCUUUUUCUUUUUUAAAGGUGACAAAACCAGAAGUACAGGUUUGUGAAUCUUUUCUUAGCAUGCUUCUAAAGCACUAGCCUGACUGAUCUCUUGUCUAACGAGGGACUGACACUCGAAAUGUCAGUUUUUGAAUUUUCUUACUGCGUCAAAAGAGGCACUUGCUAAGUACAAUAUGCAAUCCUUAGAUUGCUACCAUGGCAUUGGCGUUGGAUAUCGCGGUAAAGUGAAUAUAACUCGUUCAGGCCGUUCUUGUCAGCGGUGGAUUUCUCAAUGCCCUCAUCGUCAUCUGCGGAUUCCUGAAGAUGUUGUUGAUGGUCAGAAUGACUCCAACAUGUGUCGUAACCCAGAUGCUAGUGCCCCGGAUGGACCUUGGUGCUAUACCACUGACCCUAAGGUUCGAUGGGAGUACUGCAACAUAUCCCGCUGCCCACCAAGAGGUACUUUUUAGGUUUUGUUUUUGCAAAAUCUUACAGCUUAAGAAAGCGCAGUUCAAUGUGCAUGCUGUCAAAGAGGUACAUUUGAUUAGUUACACCAAAAGAUAUACUUUGCCAGUAGACUGAUGAGUAAAGUAUAAUUAUUUUCCUUCUUCGUUGGUUUACUCAUUAUGUUUUUUUGUUUCUCUUCUGUUUGUUAAUUUCCCUUCUUCUUCCUUCCUCCCCCUCCCUCUUUCUCUCCAUUCCUUCCUUCCUUUCUCUGUUCCCCCUCCUUGCAUUCCCCUCUUCCUUUCCUCCCUCCCUCCUUCCUUCCUCCAUUCCUAUCUCCCCCUUUCCUCUUACCUUCCUUCUUCCUUCGUUCCCUCCUUUCUUCCUUCUUUCCUCUGUCCCCCCCCUCCCUGCCUUCCCCUCUUCCUUUCCUCCCUCCCUCCUUCCUUCACCCUUCGUUCCCCCCUUUCCUUCCUCCACUCCUUUCUCCCCCUCUUCCCUUCCCUUUUCCUUUGCUCGCUCCUUCCUUCCUCUGUCCCCCCUCCCUGUAUUCCCCUCCUUCUUUCCUCCCUCCUUCCUUCCUUGAUCCUUCGUUCCCUUCUUCCUUCCUCCAUUCCUUUCUCCCCUUCUUUCUUCCCUCCUUUCUUCCUCCCCCCUUCCUUCCUCCCUCCCUCCCUUCCUUUCUUCCUUCCUUCCUCUGUCCCCCGUCCCUGUAUUCCCCUCUUCCUUUCCUACCUCCCUCCUUCCUUCCCUCGUUUCUUCUUUCCUUCUUCCCUCCUCCUUUCCUCCUUCCCUUCCUCCCUCCCUUUUUAUCUCAUUUUUGUGCAAUUGAGUGUUUGCGAAAAUUUCCAUUCACCAGUUCCAUCUGACGGCCCGAGUUUCGUAAGAGGAUAUCCUCUCAACUCAACUGCAAUUCACAUAUCCUGGGAACGUAUCCCUCCACUCCCUUACAAUGAAAAGCUCCUGGGAUACCGCAUAAGAUACAGACGCCGUGGAUCCCAGUUAUAUACUGAAAAGAAUGUUACUAGUAACAGCACAGAAGUUGUGAUCAGCAGACUUGACUUCCGCACUUCGUAUGAAAUUAAAGUAAAUGGCUUUAACGAAGCUGGUCACGGACCACCUGGAAACCUCACUACUGUACAAACCUUGCAAAACGGUUAGUAAAUGCAACCCCACUCUGCACUCUUCCAUUAAUUGUUCUGUAAUUAAUUUUAAUUAUUAGUUAUCGCAAUAUUCUUGAAGUAGAGGGAUGGGUGUAGCCCAAUUAUAUAUAGUGCCAUUGUACACUCUGUAAACGUUGAUGAUAUUAAGUUUUUAAAGUGAAUGACCUAAUUAGCACGUAGUGUCUCUGGAGAGGUGCUUUUCAAUUUUUAGUGAUAAAGAACAUCGGAGAGUGGCUCUGACAUCGCAUACAUGCUUUCAUUAGCUUCGCUUCUGACCAUAGGGUAAAAUAUGUUGCAGUUCCAUUUUUAAGACUGAAUAAUUUUUCUGUCUUUUCAGGUAACAUUGUGGUUGAUUUAAACUUUGAGCUUGUGAUCAACACUUGCUUUCAUAAGGAUCUACUUAAUAGAAAUAGCGAAAAGUUCAUAGUGAUGGAAAGGAAUAUUAUCGCGAAGGUAAGCAAGGGUUAUUUGGCAGUUGAUUUGCGAUUUCGCCAUCGUUUAGCCUAGUUUUAGGUGCGCUUUUAUGAACACUUAACUGCCUUGCGCCCAUCCUUGUUUUUGGUUUGAUAAAAAUAAUAAGACUACUGUUGCGUUGCAGAUUAAUAUCCGGUUCACUGGAUCCUCUUUAUUCAAGAUUUACGAAGUCAGAGUUUUGAGCUUCAGGUAGUAUCGCUCUCAGUCUUAAGAGGCAACAUGUUGCUGGUUCUAAAGGUUCACCGCAGCCAAAAGCUUUUUGUGGGGUCAUUCAUGAGCUCUUCUUUUUUAGUUUAACUUCACGUCAUCUUCGGACGAAGACGAAGAAAACUUCCUUAGCACCGUGUCAUAUAUUGGAAAUGUUUGGCUAGAAAUUUUAAUGGUGGCAACUAUUGCCAAAGACUUGGAUUUUGAAAAGUGGCUCGGCCUGAGCGAAAAAUUGUUUAACUAACAGAAAUCUGUCACUGUCCUGUGCACAUACGAAUGGGCGUGUUUGGGUUAUGUCAUGUUCUCUGUGACCGAACUAGUCUUACCAAGACCGAAACGGGAUUAAUUAUGAACGUCAUCUACUAGUUACGAUUAAUUGUUGUUUUUGUUUUUGUUUCGUAUUUAUCAAUUUUCUCUUCUGAAUUACCAGUAGUGGAAGCGUAAACGCCCAGAUGUUGGCUUUAGCCAUAGUAAAUGAAAAUACUUCAAAAGCUGAGGCUUUGACUCAUUUUAUAGAAGGAUUUAAUACCUGGUUUAAAGACAGUUUGCGUAUCUCCGCUCUUAUUGUUGCAGGUAAGUUACUUCAUUGA